UCAUUUUGGCCUUCCACCAUUUCCGAAUCUUCAAGGAGAAUUACGGUGCAGCAGGUCGGGGAGUGAAGGAAGCCGCGAACGGGUGGGCGAAGGUUGAAUCGGAGUGAAUAGGGUGAGGAAAUUCAAGGGAUGGCAAUGGCAGGGCGCAUGAGAUCUGGAAUCCCUCUCCUUCGCCGCGUGCUGACCGAGGAGGCGGAAGGAUCCGUUAACCUCAGAGCCGCGCUUUUCCCUUCUUUUGGGAAGUCUGAGUUUACGAGGAGCUAUGCUUCUGGUCCUCCUGCAGCGGCUAAGAAAAUUAAGGUCCCAGUGACUAUGUUUGGUGUGUCCGGAAACUAUGCUUCAGCUUUGUACAUAGCAGCUGUCAAAGCGAAUGUAUUGGACAAAGUUGAAUCUGAGCUUACUGCCCUUGUUGAGGCUUCAAAGCAAAGCCCUACUUUUACUCAAUUCAUGAAGGAUCUCUCUGUAAGGGCGGAGACCAGAGUGAAAGCCAUCAAUGAUAUUUCUGCUCAAGCUAAGUUUUCGGAAAUUACGAAGAAUUUUUUGACUGUUGCAGCUGAAGGGGGGAGGCUGCGUGUUCUAGAACGAAUAUUGCAGAGAUUCUCAGAGCUGACCAUGGCACAUAGAGGGGAAGUACAGGCUAUUGUGACCACUGUUAUUCCAUUACCUCCAGCAGAGGAGAAAGAACUGAAAGAAACAUUGCAGGACAUACUCGGGCAAGGGAAGAAGGUUAAACUUGAGCAAAAGAUUGAUCCCAGCAUUCUUGGCGGGCUUGUGGUGGAAUUUCAACAGAAAGUCUUCGACAUGUCCAUAAGGACUCGGGCCCGCCAGAUGGAGCGAUUCCUCCGCAAGUCUAUUGACUCAGAUGUUCAAUAAAUGCUGACAACAUAUGCAUUUCCCAAUCUCUUCGGACAGAAAACCUUUGAAGGGAAACAUGUUACUCUUCAUUUUCAAGUGUGCCCUGGCGCCGUUUUUUGUUGAAUAAACAAACAUCCCCUGAUGCAGACAAAUAAAACCAUCCCUCUUCAUGAGUUUUUCAUGUAAGUUUUAAGACAUGUUCUUCUGAGUUUAUUAUAUAUCUUGAUUAAUGUUUGACUAGAUAUUUCCUACCUGUUUGUGUGCAAUAUUAUUUAAGCUAAAUUUAUGGACCA